AUGCGUGGCUCGCACGUGGGGCCUGCCGCCCGACGCUCGUCCCGGCGACGCCCUUGUGUGCAACGUGGGCGACGACCUCGCUGUUGUCGCGUGAAAGGACUUGACCGAGUGCCGUUUCCUGGCAACCUGCUCUCAUCCUCCAGACUCAACGACGUUGUCGUUGCUCACCGAGACGACAGCGCCCUCGCCGCCAGCGCCGACGCCGUCAGCUCCGCGCCGUCGCGCAAGCGGAAGCAUCCCUCUGCGCCGGCAUUCUCGCCAAGAAAGCGCACCGCUGCAGCAGCUGCUCGUCAUCAUUACCACUCUCC